AUGAAUAAAUUAUUAUUGACACUUGCAACUUUAGCAGUAAUUUUUUCACCAAUUAGUUCACAAAAAGCUUUUGGUGUUUGGAAUGAUUUAACUACCAAAUAUGUCUCAGUAGGUAUUGUUGAUUUAAGUACAUCUUUAUCAAAUGCUUCUUUUGUCAACACUGGUUUUACUUUCCCAUCAAAUUAUACUUCAAGUACUUAUAAUGCUGCAAAUGGUUUAAUUACUUAUGUUGCAACUGAAAUGUCAAGUGGAAUUUCAUAUAUGAAUACAAUUGAUACCAAUACAUGGACAUUAUUUAAUAGCUCAAUCGCUGAUAAUAUGAACCUUACCAAUCUUGCAUAUGAUCAAACCACAUCAUCAUACAAUAUUUUUGCUACAAUUACUACUGGUGAUGGUUAUCUUUAUGUUGUAAAAGUUUCAGCAUCAGAAGUUUAUUACAAAACUAUUGAUAAAAUUCCAAAUGUUUUCCCAAAUUCAACUGCAACCUAUUUAACCAAUAGUAAAUUAUAUUCAGUUUGUUUUGAAACUACUUCCUUUUCCAUCAAUUGUAACUACUAUGGAUUAGAUGGUACAGUAUUAAACAAAGAAAAUUUCAAAACUUCAAAUCUUGCAUAUCCAUGGGUUUCAAUCUCUUCUCCAUACUUAAUGCAAUACCUUCCAAAACAACAAACCACUCUUUGUAUUCUUAACCUCCAAAAUAAAAGCUAUGCAAACUUUUAUGGUAAAUAUCAAAUCUUUUGGGUAAGUGGUAAUUCUCAACAAUUAGUUAAUACCGGUUGGAUGAGUUCUUAUGACAUAGCUAGAGAUAACUUUGGUAGUUUAUUUGGUGAUUUCAGUUUACCAAGAGUUUAUCAAUUUGGUAUGGAUAACGCUGGCCAAAUUUCAUACAUGGAAACCUUUUCAACUUAUAAUAAUCAAUGGGUUAGAACUCAAAAAACUAACAACUUUGUUUUAAAUGCAUGGGCUUUUAUUUAA